UCUCUCGCUCGUCGUCGCUUUGAUUAGUUCUUGCCUUGUGAUUCUUGAGUGCUGUGUUCUUGGACUGAGGGAUCAGGUAGGGGAAGAAAGUAGGGUUCUUUGAUGUUCUAAUCUCUGGUGGUUUAGGGUGGGUUCUUGGUUUGGUCUGAUCUUUUUGUGCUGCAUUUGACCGAUUUGAGCUCCCAGGGGGUUCCAGUGGUGAUUGUUAGGUAGCUGGUGGUUCAUGAGGACCACAUAUUAGCUUGUAUUAGAGGAGGAGAGGAGAUGGGGGGAUAUCUUUGCCCUUGUUGCCUUUUCACCUUUUGCCCAUUUCGUCCUGCUGCUAGGGCUGGUUCCAAGACAGGAUUUGGUUAGUGCCCUGGUCAUCUCCUGGGGAUUUGGGGGCUGCGUUGGAGAGAUUAUCAUGCUGUUUAAGUGCUGCUUUUGAGGUGGUGGUAUUUUUUUUCCCUUCACUAUGAUACAGCUGCUUGAUCAGGGGUUGGAAUUGGGGAAAGGUCUCACUUUGCUGGUUUCUUUUCUCACUCUUUUGGUCCAGCUUAUCUGCUGGCUCAGACCUUGCUUGCUUUAAUCAUAAAACUGGUUGAGUGCUGCCCUUUAGGUGGGCUUGGUGCAGGCCUUCAAGGAAUGCGCUUUGACCGUUGGCUUCUGAUGCACGGAGCAUUUUGAGUUAAUAAAAAAAAGUUACUUAGCCAUUUUUCUUAGAUGUAUGAUUGGUUGGUACUAAGACCUGCAACAUGUUUUAGUUUGAGCCCUUGAAGCAAUGCCAAUUUUCUCUUUGUGGAGUAGACUAAUUGUUUGCCUGAAAUGAUUGCUGUGAGGCUUUGAACUGCGCCACUUCAGCUCAAGUUGGCAGCAGAGGUUAAAAACUUUGUGCUUCCGUGUGCAAUAUUUCGUUGCUGGUCUAUGUACUGCAAUCCUUUUCCCUGUGUUGCUAAUAUCUGAGGGGCGAAGACUACUGCUGGCCACAAGCAGGGUUUCUCAUUAAUUGGUGGAAGCUUUUUAUCUCUGGUUGGACUUUGAUGAAUCUACUGGUCUCUAGUAUAUUGUGAAAUCCCAAUGGGUUCUUCUCCCUCCAAAGCCACCAGAGAGGAUGCCCUGAUACUGUGCAGGGAUCGAAUGCGCCAUAUCAGGCGUGCCAUUGAUUCAAGAGAUGCACUGUCAGCAGCGCACUUAUCAUAUACUCAAUCCCUCCGUAGUGUUGGGACUGCAUUGCGGCGGUAUGCCGAGUCUGAGAUCUCACCAGAAUCAUCACUCUCCAUUUCAGAAGUGGAUAAGUCGCCAUCACAUUCCUCUAUGGCAUCUCCAUCACCUUCUCGUGCAGUAGAGAAUGUCAGCUCUCCGGUGCAUAGGUCAAGUCAAUUGACUCCUCCCUCAACAAGAAUCCAUUGCAUGAAAGCGCCAGGAACCGCUCCUUUGACCAUCAUGAUUGAUCCAUCUGCUGCUGAAUUUGUGGGGCAAGAGUCCCCGGUCUCAACUUUUGUGCCGCCACCGCCACCAUUGCCCCCGGAAUUAUGUACCUCGUGGGACUUCUUUGAUCCCAUUGAUGCUGCUGGUAGUGCUUCCUCCAACAAUGAUAAUGGGUUAACCUUGAACUUUAGUAGAUUGAAGGGUUUGAGAGAGUCACGUGAAGCUGAAGUGGUGCCAUUGAAAGAAGACGACGACGAAGAAGCAAUCAUGUCCGAUAGAAGGCAUACGGAACUUCCUGAUGAUAAUGCAUCACCUAAGCAGGAAAGAGAGCCAAAGCAAAAUGGGAUGAGCAAACCAAGUCAAUUGGUGGAUGCUCCAACCAAAGCUACUUCUGAGCAGGUUGCUGCAAAGGUGGAGGAAAGCGAGAUAGAAAAAGAAUUGUGUGCAGAGACAGAAGAUCCUUCUGAAUUCAUCACUCAUCGUGCCAAAGAUUUUGUGUCAAGCAUGAAGGACAUUGAAACCCGGUUUAUACGUGCAUCUGAAGCAGGGAAUGAGGUUUCCAGAAUGCUCGAGACAAAGAAGAUCAGACUUGACAUAUGUGCUAAAAUGCCAGGUUCUCCUGGCAAGCCACCUACUGCCCGAUUUGUGUCAGCUCUUCGAGUCUGCUGCAACCGUGAUAUUAUUCUCAACCAGGAAACCGCACAGCAUGUUUCAAAGGUUGUCACGUGGAAGCGUUCUGUCUCGUCUCUAUCAUCAUCAUCUAAGAGUGCACUUAUGACAUCGAUGAUUAAAGAUGACGUGGAUGACAGUAAUAGUGAUUUUGUAGAGGAAUUCGCCAUGGUAUCUGGAAGCCACUCUUCUACAUUGGACAGGCUACACGCAUGGGAGAGAAAACUAUAUGAUGAAAUCAAGGCAAGUGAAAAUGUCAGAAAGGCUUAUGACGAGAAAUGUAGCCUUCUCCGGCGCCAAUUUGCGCGAGGUCUAAAUGCACAGUUGAUUGAUAAGACUAGAGCUGUUGUAAAGGAUCUGCAUUCCAGGGUAUCUGUUGCGAUUCAGGCUGUUGAUGCAAUCUCCAAAAGAAUUGAGAAGAUAAGGGAUGAAGAACUGCAGCCACAGCUUGUCGAGCUGAUUCAAGGGCUAAUCAGAAUGUGGAAAUCAAUGCUGGAGUGCCACCACAAACAAUUCAUCACAAUCUCAUUGGCAUACCAUGUGAAAAGUUCAACCUCGGUGCAGCAAGGCGAGCACCACCGCCAGGCGGCCAUGCAUCUGUGGAACGAGAUGGACUGCUUUUCUUCCAGCUUCAGAAACUGGGUCGCUGCUCACAAGUCGUAUGUCGAGGCCCUCAAUGCAUGGCUCCAGAAGUGUGUCCUGCAGCCACCCCAACGCAGGCGGAAGCGCAAGGUCUCCUUCCCUCCACGCCAAGCCGUCUCCCCUCCAAUAUUUGUCCUCUGCAGAGACUGGCUUGCCAUGAUGGAACCACUCCUCACCGAUGAGUUAUGCAAGUUCAUCAAAGGCGCAAUGCAGCUCAUUCGCAACUCGUUCGAGCACCAGGAUGAUCAGAACAAACCCAAAAGCGAGUCACAGGAGUGCGGGAUGCUGGAGAACAACCAGCAGGAGGCGAGUGGAAGCGUAGCAGCAGUCGAAGGGUUGCAGUCGAAACUGACGAUGGUUCUUGAUCGCCUGACGAAGUUCUCAGAGGCUUCGCUGAAGUGCUACGAGGAGCUCAAGCAGAGCUAUGAGAUGGCCUGUGAUGAUUACAAGAGAGUCGGACCAAAUUCUCAACUUGUUUAGCCGUACGUUGAUUGUGGCGUAUAACUUUUUCCUAUCUAUUCUGGAUGAAAAAUUCUAGUUUUGGUACAUAUUUUGUGAACGAUCAGAUUAUAGUACAAUCCUUGACCUAAUAUGUCUGCCUCAGUGUAGGGCAGAUUUUAGCUUC